AUGAAAGAUCUGAGACGUGAAAACGUUACGUUUGCAGCGUCGUCGAUGGAGAUUAUAAAAGCUCUGCACCAACCUUCUCAAUGGCCGGCUUUUUUUGGGCAUAUUGCAGGACUGAUUAACAUGACAGCAAACCAGAAUGGUUGGGAUCUAAGUUUCGAGGAUAGGAAAGCCAACAUGGGAGCUUAUGAAAUAGCAAAAAGUGUAACCUCUGAAGCACGUCUGUCGUCUUACAUUGCAAAUGGUGAACCGACCUGGUUACGGUACCUCUUUGCAGGUGAGAAACAGAUCCCGGGGCCGAGAUGA